AUGGUUCACGCACGUACUUUCUCCCGCCAGUUAGGCAAUUCGCUCCCUACGCACAACCAACCUCAAAUUCCACCUCAAAUCAUCAUCACGGACUCGGAAGAUCCACACAAGCCCAUAUACUAUAAGACUUCGCAGUGGAAGAACUCCUUCCUUAAUUCCGUCCAAUCCUCACACAUCAAGACUACUACCUCCUUCCGAAAUGUUCUCACGAAAAUCAACAAGUUACCUCCCAGGUCCAAAAUACUACUCGGUCUCGUCUGCCUUCUUUCUCUGGUAUCGCUUAUCGGGAUAGUGGGUGGAGUUCGUCCAGACAUCUUGAAGGAAGGACAUCGAUCUCCAUAUACACGAACACAUUACGUUACGCAUAAUAAGGGUCCGAAGUUCAAUCACAAUAGAGAUAAGGCGGUGAAAAGAGAGGAGGCUCCAGUGCCAAUACCAGUACCAGCUGAGGAGAAAGUUAAGAGGGAUGAAGCGCCGGCGAUUGGGCUUACACCAAGGAAAUUUAUUCCAAGGCAGUUUGAGAACGAAGCGGAUGUACCGGUAUUGUGA